AUGAAUAUCACAGCCACUGACAACUGCACACCCCCACCACGGCUAAAGAAGGACGCUAAGACUGAUGAGGCUCUGAGGGCGAAACUGAAGUUGGAGGAGGAAGCCAGGAAAGCCAAGGAGGAGGAGGGGGCUUCCCUGGCGGAGCAGGUGCGCAGGAUAAAGGACAUAGAGGCCAUCGAGAGCGACUCCUUUGUCCCCCAGGCCUUCAAGUCAUCACGAGACACCAAGGCCCCAGAGCAGGUGGAAGUGAAGAAGGAGGCGCUGGAUUCUGAUUGGUCGACUGAGCAGCAGGUUCCGGGAGCUCUGGCCAAUAGCAUCGUCUACAACGACAACGACGGAGGAUCCCUAGCACACCCCAGCUUGUUUGUAGAUAAGGAGGUGGCCGAGGAGCUGUGGCUGAAGAGACUGGUGUCCAUGAGGCAGGAGAGGCUCAUGGGAGCUCCGGUACCAUGACGACCGGAACAUGGAACACGGAACCUUCUUCAGAAUAUGGAACCCUCUUAACUGCAUAGAACAUGGAACACAGAACUCUCUUUACAACAUAGAACAUGGAACACAGAACUCUCUUAACAACAUAGAACCCUCUUUACAAAAGUAGAACUUGGAAUAAUUACGUACCCUCUUCAGAACACGGAACCUGGAACUGUAUUCUGCCCUACAAAGCAAAGAGGGAGUAUAGCUCAUUGAGGAAAAUAAAAUUAUUCAUGUGUCCAGCCGAAGUAGGUUUAGAUAUAUUAUUGACAUCUGGCUGUUUUAAUACUCUACAUCUCCACAUCCCUUGCAGAUCAAUCUUUUUUUUAAUGACUUUAUAUUUUGAUAUAUAGGCCGUUUAAGUCCCAAUAACUCAUUUUCAACAACCAAUACAGCUACUGCCUCUUUGCUGUGUGGGGCCAGGGUGCGAUUUGUAGGGGGGGGUUGGGGGAUGGUCCCCUCCUCUGGUUUUGAUAUCGUCACUUUUUUAUAUGAUUUUAAUGUAAUUCCAUUGAUAUUGCUUAAAAUCUUAAGCAUAUCCCCCCUUCUGGUUUUUCGACAAAUCGCACCCUGUAGGGCCGUAUUGAUGUUAGACACAGGCACUGAAACAAUACGCUGAAAUCUGAUGAGAAACAACCCGUGUGAAUUUUUUUUUGCUGACUUUUCCCCAUUUAGAUGUAGUUUAUAGAGGUGACGUCCUCAGGCAGUGUGUGUCAUAUGCAGUGUGUGUCAUAUGCAGUGUGUGUCAUAUGCAGUGUGUGUCAUCUGCAGUGUGUGUCAUCUGGUAGUGUGUGUCAUCUGUUUUAUUGUACGCUGCUGGUGUGUUGGUGUGUGAGUGCAGCACCCUGGCAUCAGUGAGUGUAUUUGCAGAGUAGUCUUCCCUUGUCUUUUAAUUUCAUGUCCUUAAUAAACACGUUCUCCAUCUUGCUCA